UAAGCACGCAUGCGAUUGUUAUACGUCCACUAAAUUUCCCCGCUCACUCACUCCCGUCCUCUAACAGUAUGACUCUAGUCUCGAACGAUCCCAGUUGGUGGCCAGUCAUCAAUGCAAAUCUUAUUAGCAGCUAUUUCCAAGUUGCCGCAUGUGCUGCGGUAGUGUAUGAUUGGGGACUUACGUUCGGACAAGAGCUGGAACUGAUCUGGAGACAACGCUGGUCGCUGAUGACCGUUCUGUAUCUUGUUGCACGAUAUCUUGGAAUAGGAUUUGGCGUGUACGUUUCGACGUCUAAGUCAUUGGUGUUGCGCUCAUCACCCAUCUCUCACGAUUAGGAUCAACAUGUUGGGCAAUCUUCCAACAUUUUCGAUGACAAAUUUAGGGUGAGUUAUAUUCUCGAACAACUCGUUGAUUCAACAUAACGACUCCCACAGUUGCCUUAUCAUGUACGACACAUUUAAUUGGACGGGUGACGUUGUAAACGUAAUACUAGGCA